UCCGCAUGGGGUCCCCUCGUUAGCGGCAGCAUUCGUUUUCCUGCCCGACAGAAGCCAUUAUGUCGAGCGGCGAAAUGCGGGAACAGUACAUGAUUCCCUCCUAGUGGACGCUCCAGCUUGGACAUACAUGCUACUGCUAAAUUUUAGGUAUGCGUAAGUGGUGCUGAGCCGCGAAGUUGUCGCCUUUGGCGUAAUCGACAUGUUAGUCGGAGUGGAUGGCGUCGAGACGCGAAAACGACCGCACCAAGAGGGUAGCAUUGCUAGUUGCCUGUUUCCUGCUUGCAAUGCUGUGGGACGCCGCUGAAGGACAGUACCCACCGGGACCACCAGCCUGCAGGUCAUGGUAUCAGGAGUGCGGCAUCCAGCGGAGUUACCCUUGCUGCGGGAACAUGGUGUGCUGGCGCGGGCGAUGCAUCAACAAGAAAGAGGACCGGAAGGGUUACGUCUACCCGCCGGACAACUACUUCCCGCCCCCAUGGUACUUCCAGAGGUUCGUGCCCGUCUACCCGGUCAACUUCAGGCCGUGAAAAGAUGUCAACCACCGUCACGGCAACCACGGCAUGCCGUAUAUGCAGGAUCAUCGUUUCUCUGUUCUGAGCUUGAAUGCUCUUCCAAACAGUAUACGGCGUGCUCCUAUAGAUGUCUAUGUGAUUGUCGGAGUUGAGGAAGUCACAUUUGUGUGUGUGAGCACGCGAAUGGGUUUGGCGUGUAUGCCUCACUAUGUAUAGCUCAAAUUGAUGAGAUAUUGCGAGAGUUUACCAUCGCGAUUCUGUAUUUUACAUAAAGGAUACAAAACUAAAGUAAAUAAAAUAAAAUAAAUCAAAGGAC